UAGCACUGUGGCGAGUGAGUGACAUCAAGUGACACCCAGCGCAGGCAGGUUAUUCUGCCGGAACAAAAUCCAUUGGUAAACAUGCAGCAGCCGCCGCAGCAUUACCAUCGUGAGUGACCCGUCGUCAUUACGCCCGACGAUAUAAUGGCAGAGAACCUGUCGAAACGGCCUUCCAAGGGUAUCCUCAAAACAUCCAGCAGUUUUGACAAUCCGGAGGCGCCUAGAUUAGAUGAUGAACACCAUUUUUUUAUUUACCUCACUUUAAUCAAACUGUAGACCGAGCAAGGAAACAACAUGGGACGAGAUGAAUAUCAUUGCCACUCUUCAUCCUGCUGAUAAGGACUAUGGCCACAUGAAGAUCGAAGAACCGAAAACCCCGUAUAAUUUUGAAGGCCUCCAAAAUGAGCAUGAGUUUGAUCAAUUAGAUGCUAGUGCUCUUGCAGCAAAAUUAGCUGGAGGUAGUAAGCCCAAAAUCUUUGAGGAAUCCAGUGAAGAAGAGGAGGAUGAAGAAACUCCUGAAGAAAAAGAGAGGAGAAGAGCCUUUGAGGCGAAAAGAAAGGGGCAUUAUCGAGAGUGGCAUGCUGUACAAAUGGCGAGACGACUUUUAGAGCAGGAUGAAUUAGAAGAAGAGGACGAGGAUGGUGAGGGUAAAAAUAAUGAAGAAAAUUCGUCAGAAGAAGAGAGCAAUUUCGACACUCGUUUUAAAUGCAUGCCGUCCUGUGAUAGAACCGAAAAGAAAUAAACGAAAAACAUCGAUUAGCAUUUUUUUUUAAUCGUCCAUCAUGAUCACAAUCUCGCGGCAAUAUCGACUUUCGCUAUUUAAUGCUAUCGCGAUUAAAAAUAUAUCGAAAAAGAAAGUGUUAACACUACAUUUGAAUACCCGAACUAAAUUUCGCAUUUUAAUUAUGUAUAUAUUGCUCUUUUUCAGCUCCAUCUUUAUAGCUCUUUAGCUCCAUUCUCUGUAAAUAAACAUUUUAAAAACCUGAAUGUUUAAUAUAAACCGCUGUUAGAUUUUCCAAGAUUAGAUAAUGCUACAAUGACAUUGCGAGUAUUUGGAGAUAUCAACAAGCUGUGCACAGAAAAUUCAUGUUCGAUCUAUUUUGAUUUUCGUAGAUUAUAAAAAUUUAUAAUGUUACUUUGCAAAAGUGUCGCUCGUCGUUUCGCGUGUAUUAUUGCAGGCCUAUCGGCGUUCUCUUCGCACAGCGUUCCUGUAAAAUCUAAUGUUUUUUGGACAAUUCUCGAUCGCUAUCGAAAUUUGACGAACAAUAAGGCUAGACAAAGCCCUCUCGCAUAUAAUAAAAAGUUAAGACACUGUAUGUAAUAUUUACAGUAAAAAACAUGUGUGUAUUUAAAACUGUUAGUUAUGUGUGUAAUAUUUUACACAAGUUCUGUGAUUAGUAUAGGCAUAUGCUAUGUAACCUCGGAAUGUAUGACUUCAAAUUUUCGUUUCUUCUCGUAAUGUUUAAUUUUACUUUCCAAACUGUCUGUAAAAGAAAAUAGAUUGUAGAUUAUAUACAUACACGUAGAUAAGUAAAAUUCAAUUUGUACUGAGAGAAUUACGUAGUAUAAGUCUGUCCAAAUUCAUCAAGUUUAUCCAUUUGCGUAAUCACUCCCUAUUUAUUCCUAUUCUUAAUUCAUUUCUUUAGUGGUAUGUAACUAAUUGAUUGCAACGCAUAAAUACAACGAACACGUGUUUAUAUGAUAAUCUAUCCUCUUUCGUUGUUUAUACAUCUUGCACAUUCACAUUCAUUGAAACGACAAGGAAAAACGUUCAAAUGUUCGUAAAUCAAAUCUUGGACAGGCUUAACUUGAUUAACUAUUAUGUUGUAUAUUUAGAAAAUGAUAAUCUCAAGUAUAGAAAAUGUCCAAACUUGGCGACAUCAUAUUUAAUAUAGAAUUAAAAAGAGAAAAAUAUGAAAUUACAUAUAUACGAUCAAGAUAUUUUGAAUGUCUGUAUUAUAGCCGAAUACAAAGCAUAUUAAUAGACUUCAAACGGUGUAUUUGUAUGCAUAAUGUCUCGAAGUUAAUAAACAUAGGCUAUAGAUAAGUAAGAAAGUAAAGAAACAUUUUUGCAUAACAUAUCGAUACAGCUUGAAAUUAAGUUCUGUUUCAUUGACGAAUUUAUGCUCACUAAUUUUGAAAUUGAAUAAUAUGCUUACCACACAUUUCUCUUAACAUCAGUGGAUGAUAUAUUUUCGACUGUAUUCCGAGAAGCAGACAAUCACUUUGAAAAUCAGUAUUUACACAGUUAACAGAAUUUUUCAGUUCCAUCAACAUAUUUUUAAUCAUUGUAGAUCUGCAUAUAUCAAAGAGAAACUUGAUUACAAAAUCGAUCAUAUGUACAAUUUGUGGAUUAUAUUUCUUUUACAAUAAACGUACUUUAUAGUAUUGA